AGUAAAGUCGAUUCUAAUUCUAAAGGAGCCACAACCUUCUCUAUGGUCUGACAUGCGCUCAUAUUAGCACCAUUGCGGUAGAGCUGCGGAAGCCACGCCUCCGCUGAAUAAUCCUCCAUGGACGAUGAGAAGCAGCUCUCCGCUCUCCAUCAUCAUCUGCAGAAAAAUGCGAGCGGGGAGCGGUAAGAAAAUGCCAACUCGGACCGCUCUCCCUCCGCCGCAGACAUGAGCGCAGCGCCGACCGCCUCCUACAGCCGCAACAAGUCGCUCUCACCAUGCGGAUCCACUGCAAAGUAGUUGUGAUCGCCGUGUGUUUCGGAGUUUUCCUACUUUUGUACUUUUUGGGGGGCAACGCCGCGGACGAUCCGCUGCUCAAAGAAGUUGGAGAGGAGCCGCAGCGGCAGCAGCAGCAGCAGCAGGAGAGGAAGAAGAAGAAGGAGGAGAGCAACUCUUCUCCUUCGCCCCCCGAGCUCGGACGCGAUGUUGUUGCAAAGUUUGCGAGGAAAUCCUCCGCGGGAGUCGGCGUGCGUCCGGAGGAGCCUCUCCGGCCGCGAAGAGAGUGGAGAGCGAUGAACAGAGGGGCCAGCGUGAAUGCAAAGAGCAAACAGAAGAGCUACGCAGCCCGACCCGUGACCAAGCGUUCCCGGGCCGGGGACUUCAUGCACUUGGCUGUGGUGGCCUGCGGGAAUCGUCUGGACGAGACCCUCACCAUGGUUAAAUCGGCCCUCCUGUUCAGCCUGAAGAAGAUCAAGUUUCACAUUUUUGCUGAGGACCCUUUGGCCCCGCAGUUUGAAGAAAAGCUGAAGCAGUGGCCUCGCUCCGUCUCAUUCAAGUUCCAGUUCAGCAUCUACCCCAUCUCCUUCUCUGUGGGAAACGCCGACGAGUGGAAGAAGCUCUUCAAGCCCUGCGCCGCUCAGAGACUCUUCCUCCCUGUCAUACUGAAAGACGUGGACUCCUUACUCUACGUGGACACAGAUGUGCUGUUCCUGCGGCCCAUGGAUGAUAUCUGGAAUCUCCUGAAGUCCUUUAAUACGACGCAGCUGGCAGCGAUGGCCCCGGAGCACGAGGUGCCCAAGAUCGGCUGGUACAGCCGCUUUGCACGGCACCCUUUCUAUGGAGUCACGGGGGUGAACUCCGGUGUGAUGCUGAUGAAUCUCACGAGGAUCCGCAGCACGCUGUUCAAAAAUAGUAUGAUUCCCAGCGGUCUGUCAUGGGAGGAUCUUCUGCAUCCGCUCUAUCAGAAGUACAAGAACCACAUCACCUGGGGAGAUCAGGACCUCCUCAACAUUAUUUUCCACUACAACCCAGAGUGUCUCUUCAUCUUUCCCUGCCAGUGGAACUACAGACCCGACCACUGCAUGUACGGCAGCAACUGUAAAGGGGCGGAAGAGGAGGGUGUGUCGAUUCUCCACGGCAACCGCGGGGUGUAUCACGACGACAAGCAGCCGGCGUUCAAAGUAGUUUAUGAUGCAAUACGUGAUUUUCCCUUCAAGGACAACAUGUUCCAGUCGCUCUUCUACCCCAUCCAGACCAAGUUCCUGGACACGGUCAACACCUUGUGCGGUCGGAUUCCUCAAGUUUUCCUCAAGCAGAUAGAAAAGACGAUGAAGGAGAGGUUUGAGGACAAAGUGGUGCGACACGUCAAACCGCACAAAUAACUGACGGAGACAGUGGACUCCCUGUGGAUUUAUGUGUCACACCAGCAUCUCUCAGAUCGAACUGGUGGCUCUGCGUUGGCAGUUUUCGACACCUCUUGGAUUAAGGGUGAACAUUGUGAUCCUCUAGUGAUGGGUAAUAAGGUCUUAAAGCCUAUACGGGAAAGCAUGCAGUGCUGGUCAGUGAUGCCGCAGAAUAGGUUUGCCUUAUUGCUGUUCUUGUUUUCACGAUAUGAUGAAAUGGGUGUUAGAAAUCUAAAAAAAAAGACUGAAAUGAUUUCUAUAUUAAGAAUAAUGCAAGUAUCAGCUCAUCUCAAGCGUAAAAGGAAAAAUGAAGGCACGCUUUUGCCAACUAAGUGUUGAACAAAAGCAGUCUUUUUUCUUCUUCAGGAACAUUUUUUGAAUUGUUCCUCCCCACAGUUAGGGAGGCAUGAGCCACACAAAGGCAACUUUACUACGUGCAGUAGUAGAUUCACAAACCACUCCUCGAAAAUUGUGAAUGUUUUUUUUUUACCAGCAAAUAACUUGAAAUGUGAGCCGGGGUGUGAAUGAGAAGAGUCAUAGGUUCUUGGUCUGUUCUGCAGUUUGCCAAACGCCGCUGACAGUAUUAAAUACAGCACAAACAGAUGAAAUAUGGACGUUUAUGAUAAAUACAGAAUGUUAAAAUGCACUUUGAGAAUUAUAUUAGGACUGGAUGUUUUUGUUUUUGUGUGUACACAUGUCCACAUUUGAUGCAACACUGACUGAAUCCAAACCAAAAGUGCUAGCAUUUUUAAAACAAAACAAAAUGAAAAGUGACAGAUGAUUAUGUGCCAUAUAAAUAUUAAUGUCUGCCAUGUUUGCUAUUAGAAGGAAAUGAAUGGUGUGGACGUGUGUUUGAGAGGGAAUCUUUUGUAAUACGACAUGUGCUCCGUGGUGAACAUGUGUUUUUACAUUACUCUCAAUGUGGCGUAAUGGUCUAAAUAUAUCAAAUCAUUCAACAUGGAAACUGAGAAUGGCUGAACAGUCAACAUGUGUUUCUAAAUAAAACAAUGCAAUGUACCGAG